UCAACUGUAUUCCAUUCCCUCCUCACACUACUUUCCCAAAACCAAACUCACCAAUAUUCCACUCUUUUUCCUUCUUCACUUCUUGAUUUUCCUUUUUCUUUAAGGAAAAUAUGCCUUCACACGAGGAAGAGCAGCAACAGCGAUUACUCGCUGAACGAUCGGUUGAUUUGUACGAGGAAGAUGAAGAAGAGAGGGCGUAUGAUUCCACAGAGAAAGUACACGUAAUUGGAGUCGAUGAAGGAAACGAAGCCGACGAGUAUUCCACCAAAGCGCCGCCGUUUUCGUGGCGCAAGCUUUGGCUGUUUACCGGGCCGGGGUUCUUGAUGAGUAUAGCUUUCCUGGAUCCGGGCAAUCUGGAGGGGGAUCUCCAGUCGGGCGCAAUUGCGGGUUACUCUUUACUUUGGCUGCUACUGUGGGCCACAGUCAUAGGCCUCUUGGUCCAGUUGCUGUCGGCCCGGCUUGGCGUGGCUACUGGACGGCACCUUGCCGAGUUGUGCAGGGAGGAGUAUCCUACUUGGGCCAGGCUACUACUUUGGAUCAUGACGGAGUUGGCCCUGAUUGGGGCUGAUAUUCAAGAGGUGAUUGGUAGUGCUAUUGCUAUCAAGAUUUUGAGCCAUGGGGUCUUGCCUCUUUGGGCUGGUGUCAUCAUCACGGCUCUGGACUGCUUCAUCUUUCUGUUCCUGGAGAACUAUGGGGUUCGAAAAUUAGAAGCCCUUUUCGCAGUCCUCAUAGCAAUUAUGGCGCUCUCAUUUGCGUGGAUGUUUGGUGAAACUAAACCCAGUGGCAUCGAACUUUUAAUUGGUGUCGUGGUUCCAAAACUCAGCUCCAAGACAAUAAAGCAAGCAGUUGGAGUUGUGGGAUGCAUUAUAAUGCCUCACAACGUAUUUCUGCAUUCUGCUCUUGUACAAUCCCGUGAAAUUGACAACCGCAAGAUAGGCAGAGUUCGAGAAGCUCUCACCUAUUACUCAAUAGAGUCUGGCGCUGCCCUCACAGUCUCUUUCAUUAUAAAUCUGUUUGUGACAGCAGUAUUUGCGAAGGCAUUUUAUGGUACAGAACAAGCCAAUAACAUUGGCCUUGGAAAUGCUGGGCAGUAUCUUGAAGAGAAGUAUGGUGGUGGAUUGUUCCCAAUCUUAUACAUUUGGGCUAUUGGAUUACUAGCUGCUGGACAGAGUAGCACUAUAACUGGCACCUACGCGGGGCAAUUUAUAAUGGGGGGAUUUCUAAACUUGCGGUUGAAAAAGUGGAUGAGAGCACUGAUAACAAGAAGCUGUGCUAUCAUCCCGACUCUAAUAGUUGCCCUUGUUUUUGAUACAUCUGAGGACUCAUUGGAUGUUCUAAAUGAAUGGCUUAAUGUGCUUCAGUCAAUUCAGAUCCCAUUUGCUCUUAUUCCGCUCCUUUGCCUGGUGGCGAAGGAGGAAAUCAUGGGCAUUUUCAAAAUUGGCGCUGCUCUCCAGGUUAUAUCAUGGCUUGUGGCCGCUUUGGUGAUAGUGAUUAACGGGUACCUUUUGGUGGACUUCUUCUCUGCUGAAGGGAGUGGAGUUAUAUUUACAUCUGUGGUAUUCAUCUUUACAGCUGCAUACGUCUGUUUCAUUGUUUACCUCGUAGCACGGGGCAUUAACUUUUCAAAGUGGCUUGGAAAAACCAAUAUGUUGACAACUACGGGAAACUGAUAGAUCAGCGCUUUAGAACGCCUGUCAAAUGUGCGAUAGUCUAACAGUUAACUAACCUUUGUGAUUUGGGGUUCCAGACUCUGUUUCUGUUCAAAUGAUUGCUUCACAAUGAAUAAAAUGUAAGCUUUUUGAGAAUUCCUCUUGGGGGAUUGAUAUGUCCUCGUGCAGGGGAUCGGAGGAGGAUUGUGAGGGUUUAUUUCCAUAAAAUGGUAUUUAUUCUUCCUGUAGAAGGUUUAAAGCCAUGUAUGUAUCAUUAUACUUCUUAGCGUUCUGGGGUCACUCCUAUUAGCCAACAGUGUCAUCGAAUUUAGUCUAGCUGGUAGUGACCCUUGCCUGGAAAAUGUAAUGAUAGAAAUACAAUGUUUUUGGCUUAUUUUGACGUAGUACAUUAGUGUGUGACAUCUUACAUA